CUCUCUGUCCAGGGAGGACCUCUGCGACACCAUCGAGGGUCUGGAGACCUACGGGGUCAUGGGCUCCCUGGCCGCCUCCGUGUCCGGGUCGUCUCGGCUGGUGCCGGGUCAGGGGUCAGGGGUCGCGGUGGGCACGGUGUUCGAGCUGGCCAAGGAGACGCGGUACUGCGCGGUGUGCAGCGACUACGCCUCGGGCUACCACUACGGCGUGUGGUCCUGUGAGGGCUGCAAGGCCUUCUUCAAGAGGAGCAUCCAAGGCCACAACAACUACAUGUGCCCGGCCACCAACCAGUGCACCAUCGACCGCAACCGCAGGAAGAGCUGCCAGGCCUGUCGCCUUCGGAAGUGUUACGAAGUGGGCAUGAUGAAAGGAGGUAUGCGCAAGGACCGUGGGAGCCGGGUAUUGAGGCGCGACAAGCGGCGUGGCGUGGCCGGCGACCGGGACAAGGGUGCCAGGCAGCUGGAGAACAGGACGUCGCCCCCGCAGGACGGGAGGAGGAACUGCGGCAGCGGCGGCUCCAGAGCGGGCGAGAGAACGGGGGCGGACGUCGGAGGAGCGGCGAGGGGUUCUCGGAUCGGGAUCCCCCCGGACCAGGUGCUCCUGGUCCUCCAGGGGGCGGAGCCUCCCAUCCUGUCCUCCCGGCAGAAGAUGAACCGGCCGUACACCGAGGUCAGCAUGAUGACGCUGCUCACCAGCAUGGCCGACAAGGAGCUUGUCCACAUGAUCGCAUGGGCCAAGAAGGUCCCAGGCUUCCUUGAGCUGUCCCUUCAUGACCAGGUGCAGCUCCUGGAGAGUUCCUGGCUGGAAGUCCUGAUGAUCGGCCUCAUCUGGAGGUCCAUCCACUACCCUGGGAAACUCAUCUUCGCACAAGACCUCAUCCUGGACAGGACUGAGGGGGACUGCGUAGAGGGCAUGGCGGAGAUCUUCGACAUGCUGCUGGCCACCGUCUCACGCUUUCGGAUGCUCCAGCUGAACCCUGAGGAGUUUGUCUGUCUCAAGGCCAUCAUCCUGCUCAACUCUGGGGCCUUCUCGUUCUGCACCAGCACCAUGGAGGCCCUUCACGACAGCCUGGCCGUUCAGGGCAUGCUCGACACCAUCACGGACGCCCUCAUCCACCACAUCGGCCAAUCAGGAUGCUCCAUCCAGCAGCAGUCCCGGCGGCAGGCGCAGCUGCUGCUUCUGCUGUCCCACAUCAGACACAUGAGUAACAAAGGCAUGGAGCACCUGUACAGCAUGAAGUGCAAGAACAAAGUGCCGCUGUACGACCUGCUGCUGGAGAUGCUGGACGCCCACCGUCUCCACCGGCCCGUCAAGGCGGCCUCCCACCCCCGGGGCGGGGGUCCGGGAGACCGCGAGACAGCCUGCACCAGCGGAAGCUCCAGCUGCUCCGAGUUAGGUACCGGGCACCGCGGGGCCGGCGGGCUAGAGGGCCACGGUCGGGCCCCCGGUCCCGGGGUGCUCAUCAGCGGGGGGCCCCUCCACGAGUGUGCGUCCGUCUGAGAGACACGCUGGCAGGGCGCCCCCUUGUGGUGGAUCUGAGUUAUG